CCUGCAAAUUGUCCACAUUCGCCUGCAGCAGAACGUUGCACUUCUUCAUUGCGGCAAAGCGACUCUCGUGCUUCUUCACCCUCGGCUCCAGAUUUCCCUUUUUGGCGGAGUUGGCGGAGUCCUAAAAGAAAACAUUGAAAUGUCGGCGAGGUUGAAUCAUCAGCAUGCAGCGUACGCCUGGCGUCGAGAACAGGAGAAUAAUCGAGUGCAGGCGACGCAUCAGGUGAAUCGUUACUAUGGGCACUGGGGUCAGGUCACGUCGCGCUUUGAGAACUGGACCAACAAGGAGUACUACGAUAAUGCCGACAAGAGAAUGCAGCACAAGAAGAACCAACAGCAAAAGGAUCAGGAGCUCGCUGAGCGUCGCUCUAAGCUUCGCAAGUUACUGGACAGCGACACUGAGGCCUUUGAGUUGGAGCUGGGAGGCAGGCGAGGACAGCGACAUGCCUCUGGCGAUCUGAAGACUUUGGAGCGCAUCAAUCAAUCGCUCAAGGAGCAGGAACAACUCAAGCGCAAACUGGAAAUGGAGGCCAAACUCUAUGGCCGCUGGCGUCAUGGUGUGGACGAUGAGAAGCUGUUGUACAAAUCCAAGUCGGACAACGAAGUGCUGGCCAAGCUCAACUGGCUGGACAAACAGAUCGAGCAGCAGCAGCAGCGUGAGCAGCAGGAAGCGUUGACCGCAGAGCGGCAGCUACAACUGCAGCAGGAGAUCAAUCGCACCGAGCAGGCACAAAAGGAGCGACAACUGAUUCGUGAGCAGGAAAUCAAAGAUAUUCGUGCACUGCAGGAGACUCAUGUGUCGGAGCUGAAGCAGCGACAGGAGCAGGCUGACAAGCUCAAGGAGGAGGAGCAACACUUUCGCCUAUUCCUCACCGAACUGGAGAAGGAGAAGCAACUGCUGGAGGAGAGCACAGCCAUGAUGCUGCACCGUCCCGACGUGUCGCAGGCCUACAAUUUGAAGAAGAUUAAAAUCUUCAUUAGGAAUCGCAGCGAUGCAGUUCGCAAGCAGAUUACACUGUGCAUCAAUCUUCUAGAGCGCAUGGUAAAGUAUGCAGUUAAAACAGAAGAGCUGCAGCAGCAGCUCGACAAGUGCAAGGAGCAACUCCAGCUGGAGUUGGUGGCCUACAAUCAAAUCGAGGCAAUGUACGAGUCCGAGGCAAAGAGCAAUCUGCAGCGCUGCGAGGAGAAUUGGCGUGAACAGCAUCUGGAGCGCUUCAGUCAGAUCAACAGGAUCAUCGAGCAGGAGCAACAGCUAUUAAGCGACAUGUUGCGUGAGAAUGUAACAGAGCAACAGUCGCUGAUUGAAUUGCGCAGCACACAUUUGUCUGGCAUCGAGCAGACCACCAAACAGCUGGAGCAGCUCAACAAGGAGCAGGAACUGAUGUCACCACGCCAAUCCGAGUCAUCAAAUCAGAUCUUAAAUCAAGUGGCAUCGACUGCUCCAGUUGAUCUGUGUGAUUCUGUGGAUCAGCUGGUGCCCAAGGUGUCGGACUCGUUCACCAAUCUAAAUCUAGAUGUGUGGGAGAAUAUGCCGCCAGCUCGAGGUGGAAUCGAUUCGCCACGCCUCAGCAACACUCGCUCCAUGAAUGUGGUCACAUCACAGACGGCAAUGCCACCGAAGUUUGCACGCAAACGCGUUGCUUGGACUUAGAGUCAAAAUUGUAUUCAAGUUUAUAGAGUUUAAUUAAUCAAUGUUGUAACUGUG